GUUUCGCUGGCUGACUGGGAAGCGUUGACAGGUCCAAGAAGAUGCAAGAUCCUCAGGAAAAGUCUCGAGUUGACUGGAAGUCUGUCCAGCCACAGAAGAAAGUUACAUUUUAUGGACCAGUAAUUAGCACAAGAGCGGAAAAACUCCGUCCAGUUAGGGUAGAUGCCACCUCAAGAAGACAAAAACCCACGCUGAUGUCUUUAUCCAGUUCGCCUUCCUUCAACCAGAUCUCCCAGUCUAAUAGGAAACUAAAGCACACUAAGUCUAAAAGUAGUGAACCAUUGAGACCACAUGCAAAAAUGACUGUCAUGGGAAAUCAGCUAAAGACCAGACUUAAUUGUAAUCAUAUGAGACCAAAAUGUCAGUGUUCAGGUCCUACUACUAAUAAGGCUAAACAGAGUAGAGUUAAAGGUAAACCACCAGUAUCAGAUGAUAGAGGAUCAAGUCACAUUUUAACAUCUACAUGUACAGUACCCAGGGGUGGGCUCAAUGGAAGAAAAAUCUAUGCUUCUAAAGAUAACGCAGCAGGAAUAUCAAUAUUAGAUGCAAAUUGGAGACCAAGUCAGCUUCCAUUCAAGGAGAAUGACAUGGAAGAAAGUAGAGGCAAACAAAAGACAUCUGAAGACACUCCCAGUAAUGAAAAUGAGAGUAAUAAACAAAAUACUGAGGAUAUUUCAAAGAAGAGAGUCCAGUUUUCAGACAAAACAAAUGCUGGUGAUGUAACACAUGAGAACAUCCAUACAGAGAGCAGCCAUCGUAAUACAAUGAGAAGAGAUGUUAAUCUGGAUGACUAUGAGACCAGGCAUGAAAAGUCCAAGCAUGCAGAAAUGACAGGUAGAAAUGAUAGGCCAGAUCCUCUUCAAAGAAGGCAUAAUCAUAACAAUUCAAUUCAUGAUUCAGAAAGCCACGAUGACUAUUCAGAAAAAGAUGUUAAUGAUUAUGACAGCACUUCCUCAGUGUCAGAGAGCAGGAAUCCUGUUCAUGAAAUUCAUCAGGAAAGGUGUAUACUUUGUGAAUCUCCAAGAGACAGAUAUCCUGCUAACCCAAGGUUCAGACGAAUGAACUCUGCUUCUGAAUUUGUUCCUGCUGGGGUGAGAGAGCCAGGAACUAGGUCCUAUAAUAUUAGUCCAUCUAGAAAAAGGUAUAAUGAUGACUUGUGUGCUUUAUGCAGAAGACAGAGUUGGCGCUCAUAUUCUGUGGAUGACAGAUACUGUUAUCAUUGUGAUUCCUCUGACCUAGAUUCUUAUGAUCCAGUAUAUCAUCACAGACACAUAAAAAUACCAAGGGAUCAUGGCUUAAGAAAUACCUUGCAUAGGAGGCAGUCAGUUCCUGUUUUUUUCUCAGAUGGGGAAGAGGAAAUCCUGCAGAGGAAUCGUAUACCAUAUGAGCCAAAAACAGAGUUGGUGAAAGACUUGAAGAAAAAACUUGAAAGAGAGUAUAGAAAUCAGGAUUAUUUGCACCACCUGGUUCAUCACAGACGGAAGUGGAAGUCUUGGGAUGCAGAAGAUCUGGAGGAACUCAGGCAGUAUCGGUCACGCAGAGCAGAGAGGCACAGAGACUGGGAUUAUGACGGUCCUCCUCAUAAAUGUGUACAUCACUACCUGCAGAAUGACAGAUUAUACUUGGAGCCGACCUUGACAAAUAAAGAAGGAAGGAGCAUAUGUGCCGAGUGUGGUGCUCCCAAGCCCCUGGAUCCAAAAACUGACCCAUACCUUUAUCAUGUCACUUUGGGAGGACUCAAGAAGACAGAAGAUAAAAAUGUGCAGAAUGAUGACAAGGAAAAUGAUGACAGAUAUUAUCAUCAAAGUGGUAGAGUCACUCAUCAAGGAACUAAUAGUAAGAUUCAGCCAGGGAGGACUCCAGGUGACACAUCAAAACAUGUGUUUGCAAAGUUGAAUCGAAGCAUUGACAACAUAUUUCCUGGGAGAUCUGCUCUGAACUUCCGUCCAAGAGCCGCCGAUGAGCUUAGGUAUCAGGGUCAUUUGCACAGUAAGCGUCAUCCAAGCAAAUCUAUGGCCUUGGUUGAUCACCUUGUGUAGUUUAUUGUUAUCCUAAAUUUAUGUGGAUGUUUCAGUAUAUCUGAAGUUCAUUGUUUGAUGUGUGUAAACGUAAAGCACAAAAGGACAGAAUAUUUAUAUGGUAGAUAGUUUUAACAACUGCAUAGUACAUUUUAUAUGCACUCAGGUUAUUUGGAAGACACUUUGCGUUGUCCAUGGUGCCAUUACACUGUUUUUUGUUAAAGAUCUGCAUUUAAAUAUAUAUUUAUGAAAAGAUCACACAGAUGCACACUCACUUGUUCAUUCACCAUUGUCUUAUUUUCUUUCUCCCCCUCUCUCUCCAUCCUCCUUUCCCCUUCCCCUUCCUCCUUUCCCCCUCCCCUAACCCAUUCAUUUCCAUCUGCCUUCCUUAUAGCACUCUUUCAUAUCAAUAAAUACAUCCUGAUUCUAUAAUUAUCAUUUAUGCUUUGGUAAUUUCUUAUACUGAAGCUUAACAAAAAACAUUUGUACUCUUUGCAAUGUCUGUAUGGAUAAAUAGUUGGCAGAAUAAAGUAUUCUGUUUUUUUUUUUAAGAUGUAAUAUCAUGCAUGAAUAUGAUAUAAUAUGUAAGUAUUCUAUGGCACACAGUUUUUGUGACAUAAUAUGUGAACAAAAAAUCUUGUAUGGAUUUACAGAUGUAUUGAAAGUUUAUGAAAAGAUUAUAAUAAAAAAAUAUAUGAAAAUAAAGUUUUAUCAUCACUCUU